GAUAUGGUGUGCACGUAGAACCAAUAUGGCCGCCAUCUUGUUGUAAUAACUACCGAUUGUGGUGAAUUUUGCAGAAAAAUUCUCCAAAACGGCUGGAUACAUCAAGAGUUUGAAUCCCGUACCAGCCAGGAAAGAAUAUGAAGGAUCCAUAUAUUACGGUAACAACUACAGGAUUGAACCAUCACAUCUGAGGAGCCGUGUGAUAGCGCCUCAGUAGAACAUGGAGGGUGGCGAACCCUCCGUCACCCCUCCCACACAGCGUAGAGGACCGGGUCGGCCACGGAAGGAUGGACUCUCGCCCAUCUCACGCAAACGGAAAGGGACUAGUCGAGGCAGAGGAAGAGGCCGAGUACCUGUGAUUGAUGAUGAUGAUGACAUGCCACCAGCACCAGUUCCUGUACCCAUACCAGUAUCAGUACCAAACGUCCCCCCAGCUCAGCCUGACUACAAGUCUCCAAUCACCAUCAAAUCAGAGGGAGAGCCAGUGGAAGUUAGAACAGCUACCGACCAGCAGUUUUUGCCUCAAACUGGUGCAACUGUAGAUCUUCCAAUAGACACUGGUCCUCCCCCUGGGGACAGCUUCAUGACUUUUGGAGGAGGCGAUAGUGAAACAAUGGGGUCAGAUAUCCGCUGUGCGUUCUGCUGUUGUGGAGAGAAGUCUCUCCUGGGGCAGGGCGACAUGACCCGGUACGAUCCCACCCCGGGGUUCAACCCCUUCAAACGUAGGAUAGACCGGACGCAGCGCUCCUCCACCGAGGCAGCAGGAGACCAGAACGAACGCAGUCCCAAACAGCACCUGACAUGGAGGAGACAGAGAGGACCAGGCAAAGCCUCCAGGGACAGAAGUAAAUCUCCCAGAAGAUCCAACCCCCACUAUGAAUCGGAGACUGGGUGUUGUGCUGUGGGGAUGGAUGAACUGAGCUGUGUGGGCAGGACAGAGGAAGUCGACCCCAGUGUGGUGUUUGAACCUUCAGGUCACACCUGGGCGCACCACUGCUGCGCUGCAUGGUCUGAAGGAGUCUGUCUGGAUGACAAUGGCAUCCUCAUCAAUGUAGAUAAGGCGGUUUUCUCAGGUAUCACACAGAAAUGUAGUUACUGUAAGCGGUUUGGAGCGACCAUCCUUUGCCGGAAUGCCAAGUGCAAUAAACUGUUCCACUAUCCGUGUGCGGCUGGAGCAGGGGCCUUCCAGGACAUCAAGACCAUGUCUCUCCUCUGUCCUGAUCACCUAGAGGAGGCAGAGACAAUAGGGGAGAAUGCGUGCUGCGUGAUCUGUGACUUGCCAGGUGACAUCUCGGACCAGCUCUUCUGCACCAGCUGUGGUCAGCACUACCACUGCACCUGCCUGGACCCCCCCGUGGAGAUCAACCCAGUGGUACGGGCCGGCUGGCAGUGCCCAGAGUGUAAAAUCUGUCAGACGUGCAGGCAACCAGGGGAUGACAGCAAGAUGCUUGUGUGUGACACGUGUGACAAGGGGUACCACACCUUCUGUCUGAAGCCAGCCAUGAACACCAUACCAAAGAACGGCUGGAAGUGCAAGACCUGUCUGAUCCGUAGUGAAUCAGGCCCAUUGAUUGGGACGGCAGAGCUUGCAAUGAAUUGCCGCGUCUGUGGCGACUGUGGAUCACGGACACCUGGCAGCGGCCCCAGCUCCAGGUGGCACCUGAACUACUCAGUAUGCGACAGCUGUUACCAGCAGCGUAACAAGGGCCUGUACUGCCCUGUGUGUGGGAAGGCCUACCGACACUUCACCCAGAAGGAGAUGCUACAGUGUGAUGGCUGCAGAAAAUGGAUUCAUGCAGAGUGUGAUGACUCUGUUGACAUGGCAACGUAUCAACAGAUGAAGGAGACAGAGUGCCACUACGAGUACCUCUGCCCUGUGUGUAAAAACAAGGAUGACAGCGAUGUCCCCUACCUUUCGCUGUCCCCCCAGGCCAUCACGGGAGACGCCGCCGCCGCCACGGGAAACCUCUCGUCUUCCUCCUCCACGGUCACCAGCUCCGAGGCCGCCAUGGCGGAAGCCGAGCUGAGAGAAAUGGAAGAAAUGGUCGCCAAAGGGGAAGACCUGGGGGAGGCAAUGGAUGAUAUUGUCUUUGCAGCUGGCAAGAAGGAGGGAGGGAUGGAGAUGCUGAGAACAGCCCAGGACCCCCUGCAGAGCUCCCAUGAUUCUCUGAUGUCGACCAAUGAGGACAGUUUUUCUAGUAUGGAUGUUGACAUGUCGUCGUCAGGGGCGUCCACGUCCGCGGGAACUCGGAGCAGCAUGGCGCCACUUCCCAUCCAACACGGCAGCGGGAAACCCUUCGGCAAGCGGAAACUCGGCCCCGGGAGACCAAGGCAGGGCCGUGGUGCAGGAGCGCCUCCUGGCAGAAAGAGGCAGAAGCACACUGGACCACCUGGCAAGAGGGGACCCAAGCCGAAGUUCAAACAAGGAACUGUAGCACUACCUGGAACUGUGGGAGGACCUGGUACUGAGCCGUCUCCAGAAAAGCCCAGCAAGAGUAGUAAGAACGAUGAGGAUGAGGGCAUGCACACCACUGUGGUGCUGUUCUCUACAGACGACAAGUUCACACUGAUGCAGGACAUGUGUGUGAGCUGUGGUAGUUUUGGACAGGGUGCAGAGGGAAGACUCCUGUCCUGCUCACAGUGUGGCCAGUGCUACCAUCCCUACUGUGUAAACAUCAAGAUCACUAAGGUGGUGCUGUCGAAGGGCUGGCGGUGUCUGGACUGUACGGUGUGUGAGGGUUGUGGGAAGGCGAGUGACGAGGGGCGCUUGCUUCUCUGUGACGACUGCGACGUCAGUUACCACAUCUACUGCCUCGACCCUCCUCUCACCAAGGUCCCCAAGGGGGGAUGGAGAUGUAAAUGGUGUGUGUGUUGUACCCAAUGCGGGGCCACCUCUCCUGGGUACAACUGUAAGUGGCAGAAUAACUACACCCAGUGUGGGCCGUGUGCUGCCAUGGUCACCUGUCCACUCUGCCAGCAGAAUUACCAUGACGAAGAGCUGAUUAUACAGUGUUCACAAUGUGAAAGGUGGCUACACUCGGAAUGUGACGGGAUGCAGUCAGAAGAUGAAGCAGAGAGAGCGGCAGACGCCGGGUACCACUGUGUGAUGUGUCGCCCUCGCACCCAACCCUCUCCUGCCCACCUCCCUCCUACCUCAGUCCACAGUGGCACUGCAGACUCCAAGGGACCAGCAGCCCACCCAUUCACCAGACUGGCCAUCACAGAACCAGAAGCGAAGCCGAGGCCGCCCCAGGAGUUUUCGGUGGAGGGGGUCCUGUUGACAGAGACGGGGUUGAGACAGAUCGAGAGUCUGUCCAUCACGCCGCCCCCGAAGCAGAAAAGGGUGCGAAGGCGACCACGACUGGCGGCCGCGGCCAGCCUGUCUCUGCUCCACUCCCUGGCUGAUCCCAAGUCUGAGGUGUCCCAGGCUCUAGAGCAGGGGGAAGCUGGAGACAGCAAAGAUGCGAAUGACCCAGACUUUGACCCUGGUCCUGAGCACCACCGAGAUGAGCAGGGGGAUGAGUCCAUGGAACUGUCCACAGCAGACCCUACCAAGCCUGGAGAGGGGGGAGCCAAGCAGAAGAGAAAGUACAGGAGAGGUCUCAGACCAGGGAUUGGUGGUUUCUUUGCCAGACACAGAACCAGGCCCAGUUUCAUGGGGAGGGGGCGAGGAGCCGUCCCUAGAACAGGCAUGGCACCUGGUCUACAGGCAACAGUGGCUAGGGCCCCACCUGCUUCCCUGGGAGAAGCUGGGAACUUUGCAGAUGCCCCUGAGGAGGAGCAGCUGUUAGAGGCAGCUGGCCCAGCUGUAGCUGUAGCUGCAGCAGCUGCUGUGCCAGCGGUGCCAGCCCCAGAAGGACCCCUGUCAGGAAAAGUGGUGAGGCCGAAGCGCAAGCGGAAGAGAAAACCUGGGCUGAAGGAGUCAUACCCUGAGUAUCUACAGGAGGCAUUCUUUGGGAAGAGUUUGUUAGACACCAGCCGAACUAAAGACGGGCAGGUGAACCUGGACACCCCCUCGGACGAGGAGAGAGGUGGUACGUCCCAGGGACCCAUGAUGCACCAGCCUGUGCACCCUGCCGGUGGGGAAGGGUUCCCCCUACCUGCCCCAGGUGGAAUUGCAGGGCAGCAACCACCCCAGCAGGCACCAUUCCUGGCAAACCAGCCCCCUCACACGGACCAUCCACACCAUGGAGAAAUGGGAGAGGCUGGAGAGAUAGAGAUGACAGAGGAUGAUCCCCUAGGUCUACUCCCACAUGAGUUGCCACACGAUGAUGAGAUUAUGAGUGUCCUGAUGGGAGAAGACCUCGGCAAGGCUACAGAAGGUCUGGACCUUGACUCAGUAGCCGUGGAGCACACAGAAAACUCCCAGGGCUCGCAGAAUGGUGACGGGGAAAACGAGUCUGACCCCAGCAAGGAAAAUAACCUAGACCCACAAUUUGAAAAUAUCCUCAGCCCCGCAGCGCUAGAUAAAAUGGUUACAGAAGGUCUGGCAGAAAUGGACAGUAAGGAUGUGGAAGACUUGUUCUCUGAGGUUCUGAGUCCUGAGAGCAGGGAACAACAGGGUACACCCACGCAAGGACUGUCUGGAACUCCUACAACAUCAAGUCAGGAUCCGGGGUUUCCCCUGGGCCACCCCAUGGCACCGCCCAUGGCUCAGCCUCACCCAGGUUUCCACGACAACAUGCCACGCCCACCUCCCCCAACCAACCUGCCAAUCGGAGGUCCCCCGUUCCCUCUGCCAUCACAGCCUGGCUUUCCACAGGAUUUCACCAGAGGAGAGCUUGGUUCCCCGUUCAGCCCUUCGUUUGAGCCCCCCAGCCCCUGGCCGGCGGGAGGGGCCCCACCCCCUGAGGGGGAGCAGGGUUCGACCGCCGAGGGGAUGACCAGGAACCAGUUUAACGUCAUCAAGUGGGAGAAGGAGGAACAGCUGGGAGAUGACGCCACCAUCUCUGCUGUGCUGUACGCCAACAUGCAGCAUCCUGAGCUCAAGCAGCAGUAUCCAGAUUGGCCUACCAGAGCCAAAGCCAUUGCCAAGCUGUGGAGGAAGGUUACCCCUGAGGAGAAGCAGCCCUUCCUCCAGCGUGCCAAAGACAACCGGGCAAAGAUGAAAAGCUUGGCCAACAAGGGUCUGCAACACUUGAGCAACAACAGCAACACUCCCCCCUCCACCCCCGCGCCACAGACCCCGCCCAUCAUGCCCCCACCCUCACCGCUCACCCGCCAGCCCAGUGACCCCAACCUGGGGAUGAACCAGGGACCAAACCUUGGCAUCGUAUCCAGCCCGGGGCACCCGGGAAUAGUCUCCAACCAAAGCCGUCCUCCCAUGGGCUCCAGCCCUAACCAUCCAGCAAUGGCAUCCAGCCCUAGUCACCCCGGUAUGGUGUCUAGUCCUAGCCACCCUGGUAUGGUCUCCAGUCCCAACCAUCCGGUAGUCUGUCCUAAUCCUAACCAGAUAGCCAUGGGGUCCAGCCCCAACCACCCAGCCAUGAGUCCCAACCAUCCUCCCAUGGGGUCCAGUCCAAACCACCCUGGAGUAGGGGGGAACCAGACCCUAUCCCUCCCAGGGAUGUGUCCCAGCCCGACCCAGCCUGGGAUCCCUCCCAGCCUCCCCAGGAUGGGUCCAAACCCCGGGAUGGGUCGGAUGGGUGGUGGCACGGGUCGGGCGCUGACAGAGCAGCAGCAGAGGCUGCAGAAGGAGCAGCGGCAGGCCUGGGAGGCUGAGCAGGAGCAGAAGUGGAAGCAGCUCCAACAGAUGAGGGCCCAGCAGCAGAAACAGCAGCAGCAGCUGCUGGCAGAGGCCACCAAGUCGGAAUCAGCAGAACUCCGCGAGAACAAGAAGAAGAGACUGGAGGAAGAGAGCGUUCCUGAUAAGUCAGGACCCAAUGGUGCCCCCACCAGCCAAUCAGAAUCAAGCAUGAUGCCACCGCCACCUCUGCCUCCAACGUCGGACUCUGUUCCACCGUCCAGUAUGGCCCAGGACACGUUUGCCGUGCCCCCUCCACCGCAGGCAGACUCCACAGACCCCUUUGUGGCUCCCAAGGCUCCUGCCCCACGUGCGAGGUCCCUGUCACUGACCAACCAACCAGACGACCCGUACGCUCGCAUGCCGGGCACGCCGCGGCCGUCGUCACAAGACCCGUACGCAGUGCAGCCCGGAACGCCUCGGCCGAGGUCCAACUCGGAUUCCUUCGUGUCCAGACCUCCGCCCGAGGACCCUUACUCCCACAUGCCCGGUACCCCACGCCCCGCACCGAGCAUACCGGAUGACCCUUACGCAAAAAUGCCUGGGACGCCACGGCCCGGAACUGGGAAUCGGGACCCCUUCCAGCGACCUCCCUUGCAGAGGUCCCUCAGUGACGAUCCGUACGCCAAGAUGCCCGGGACCCCACGACCUGGUCCACAAGCCAACCCGUUUGUACGCCCCUCCAUGCCCGUACGUAGAGCAUCAGCGGACGACCAGUUCUCCCAGAUGUCCCAGCGGCCCCAGCUGCCUCCUGACGACCCCUACGCCAGCAUGCCCGGCACACCCAGACCUCCACCCCAGACCGACUCCUUCAUCCCGCCCCUGUCCCAGCCCAGCGCAGACCCAUACCAGCCCUCUCCGGUACAGGACGACCCCUACGCUAAAAUGCCUGGCACUCCCCGCCCUGGUCCGAGCAGGGACCCCUUCAAAAUGCCGGCAGCUCCGAGACCUCCCAACCAGCAGGACCCUCUCAUGCCGCCCCCCGGGCGUCCGCCCUUCUCGCAAGCAUCCAGACCGGUCGGUCCGUCUGUACCCUUCCCCAAACCCACCCUGCCAGACAACGACCCAUACGCCCAGCAGCCUGGCACCCCACGUCCAACCCAGGACACGGACCCGUUCUCCCCUGGGCCAGUCGGUCUACAGAACGCACCAUUCCCGCCCAGGAUGGGGGGUCCACAGGAUCCGUUUGGCCCCAGAGCGGGCGGGAUGAUGUCUCCACGGCAACAGGGACCAUGGCAACAGCAGGGCGGCUUCCCCCAGAAUGCACCAUUCGACAGGAAUCCAGGCGGGAUGGGCCAGCCAAGACCGGUGAUGGAGAGGAGGUACCACUUGUCGCAGCAGGGGAGGGUGUUCGCGGAGGGCAUGCAGGGACAGGGUCCAGUCAUGCCGGCUGACUCCCAGCAUGCUUUGAAGCAGCAGAUGGGCAUGAUGGGAGGAAACAACCAGAGUGCCAUGCAGAGCAUGAUUGAGAAACGCCAGCAAAUCCGAGAACUGCUGAGGCAGCAGCAGGAGCGGCGCAGGCAACGUCAGCAGAUGGAGCAGGUCAAGGAGGAACAGUUUGGUGCACAGAUCCCAUUAAGACACUGGCCUCCAGAAGAUUCCCAGGGGCCGCCUCCCCCAUACGCUGGUCCACACGGUCCAACCAGUACUACUAGCAGCGCCAUGCUUCCCGAGUCCUGGGGAGGCCCCGGUGUCCCACCACAGAACUUCCCUGGGGACAGGCCACCACAGCCGGGGGACAUGCAUGAGCCCUUCCUGCCGGGACAGAGACCUCCCUUCAUGGGUGGUGAGGAGAGGAUGCGCCCGCCCUUCCUCCCCCGGGGACAGAUGUUCAUGAACCCCCGGAUGCAGGCACAGUUUGAGAACAGGCCGGACGGCCAGAUGCAGUUCCCACGAGGGCCCGGCCCUAACUUCCCGGGUCAACAGCCUGGUGACGACAUGCAGGCAAACAUCCCCCUCCAACUCAGGCACCCGCGUGGUCCCUUCCCUCAGGGCCCCCGAGGUCAGCAAUACAUCGAGUUGAAAAGGCCUGAUGAGGGACCCGUCCCGGGUGGGCUGAUGGGGGAAAGGCCCCGUAACCCCUACAUCCAGAUCGUGCAGGAGAGACUGCAGCAGCGCAACCUGAUGAUGCAGAACCAGCAGAGGAUGAUGGGUCCUCAGCCGAGGCACCCGCACCCUCCUCCCGGCAUGCACCCUCCCACCUCCAUGGAGUCCUUCGAUCCUCUCGGCCGCCAGAACCAGAUGGUGGAAACUCAAGCCAAGUUCCCGUUUGAAAACAACGGAGCUCAGGGUAACAUGAACCAGAUGGGACCUCGGCCGUUCCCACCGGGCGUGCCCCACCCACCCUUCACCUCUGCAUCGCAACAGUUUCCCAGCAUGCCAGGCAGAGCCCCUGACAACCAGGGGAUGAACCCCCAACAGCAGGAACAGCCGCCGCAACAACAGAGCGGCCAGGCUCCUCCCACCGGAGACGACACCAUGGGCGGUCAGAACCUGGACCCGUCGCACGACGAUCUUCAAGACGCAAACAUCGAUGACGAGCUAUUCCUCGGCGGCGAAGACUUUGACAUCUUACAGUACGCUGACCCUGAACUGGACAAGCAACAGAUGUUCAAUGACAUCAUGGGUGACCCGGGGGAGGAGCAGAAGAAGGAGAAACUGCCUGAAGAGAAAAAGCAGGGGGAGGAGGACGCUAAGGUAGAACAGCCUGGUACAAGUGGCAGUGAACAAACAACUGCCAGCAAGAAUGCCUCCAACCCUGAGCAUGAAGUUACUGAAACAAAAGAUGCAACGAAACAAGAAUCCCCCUCAGGAGAAGCAGAGAAAGGAAAAGAGGACGUAAAACCAGAGGUGGAUAAAAAAAUGGGAGGAGAGGAUGCUGGGAAGCCAGAGGGAGAGGUGCAAGGUGCUGCAGGGAAUUCUGGGACAGAAGGUGCCCAACAGAACCAGGGUGAAGUGAAGUCAGCAGGUCCAAGUCAGCAGGGAGAUGGUCUGAAGCAAGAGAGUCCUGGUGACAGCACAGAAGGCAAGCCACUCUCUGGGGAAGCACCACAAACUGGAGACCAACUGCAGGACCCAUCCACAGGACAGCUUCUUGAGCAAGACGGCACGCCAGAAUCUGGUACGGGACAACACGUUGAAGGGGUUACGAAAGAAGAGCCCACUGUUGCCUCUUCCUGUCAUGUCACCCCUGGGACGAGUAGUAUACCAGGGCCCAACUCAGACCUACAGAAUGUGGGGGUUACUUCGUCUGCAGUCGUGCAGCCACCCAGCUGUUUGCAGACAAGUAUGGCACCACAGGGCGGCCCACCGGCAUCAGGUGCAGUUCAGCCUGGGGUGCCAGGGGGCGCACCAGUGUCCAUUGCCAUGCCGACAUCAAGUGGUCAAGGGCUCAUGCAACCCACUGCAGGACAGUUACAAGGUGCUUUGCGGUUGAGAAAGGAACGGCGGCUGUUGCUUGAGGAGCAGCCACUGCUGCUGGAAGACUUGCUGGAACAGGAAAGGCGGGAACAGGAACAGCAGAGGCAGCAACAUCAACAACAACAGCCGGGGACAUGGCCGCCCCAGCCGACCACCCCUGUUUCCGAACCGCCUCCUCCGAUUCAGAAUCAGUCUCCUACGCCCCAGUCCUCUACGGCUCAGCCUCAGGCUCCGAAUCCGAACCAACCUCGAUCAAUAAAAGAGAUGAUGCUUCAGUUUGGGCAGAGCGGGCCCGCGUCGCUCUUCCGAAACUUUGAUACGGACAAAAUGUCCCAAAUGUCUGACCCCAUCGCCAAGGCCAAGGCACGGGUCCUGAUGAAAAUAAGCCAGGUGGUUCAACAGAUUCAAGGCAGUGGGCCGCAUGCACAGAUGCUGCAGGCCAUGAACACCAUGCACCAUCUGCAGCAGCAACAACAGGGGGGAGGGGGGCAGCAGCCGCUGCAGCCGGGCAUCCGUCCACCCUUCCUCCCCAACAUGCCCAACAACCCUGGCAAUGGGCAGCCAGGAUUCCGCCCUAACUUCCCUGCACAGUUCCAGGGAGGUAACGGACAGUUUGGAAACAACGGCGAGGGGUUCAACAUCGGUCCCCAGCCCCCCGUACCCUUCCCUAACGGACCCAACGGGGAGAUCGACCCCCAGCAGCAGAGGCAGUACGAGGAGUGGCUCUUCCAGCACCAACAACUGCUGCAGAUGCAACAGAAGAUGCUGGAAGCUCAGGUUGGGAAACAGAAGAAGCAGAAGAAGUCGCUGGCUGCCCGUCAGCGCCAGCAGAAGAAGAACGGCCAGGAGCUGUCUGAAACGGACGAGAACCAGCUGAAGGCCAUGACGGAACAGCAGAGCGUGCUGCAGAAACAGCUACAGCAGGUCCGGGAACAGCAGAAAAAACACUCCCUCCUCAUACAGGAAUACCGUAUGAAGCAGCGCGAGCGAGCUCAGGAACAGCAACAGUCUCUGCAACAGUCGGGCUUCCCGCCCCAGCCCAUGAUGGGCCCCAACAACAGCCCCAAUCCCAUGAUGCCCCAGCGCAUGUCUCCCAUGAUCCCCCCCGGGCAGCACUCCCCCCUGUUGUCCCCACGGUUGGAUCAGUCGCCCAUGCGCCACCCCACCCCACCCAUGGGGCAGGCAUCCCCCUCACUAGGUGCAGGUCCACCUGUCCCCCUGCCUGGGGCUCAGCAGCAGUUCAGCGAGGCGGGACCCGGACCCGCGGCGAACCCGCAGCAACAGGCCCAGCAGCAGGCCCAGAGGAUGCCGCCGGCGCCACGGGUUGUCCUAGACGACAACAACCCCUUCAGCGAGGCCUUCCAGGAGCGGGAGAAGCGAGAGAGAAUGGAACGUCUUCGGGAGCAACAAGAGCGGCAGCGCUUACAGCUUCAGCAAGAGAUCGAGCAGCAGAGGAGGUUACAGCAGAUGGAGCGACAGGACCAUGAUUGGCAUAACCAAGAGGUUGUCCAGAACAACCUGACCAAUGAGAGGAGGCAGGGCAUGAUGGAGCUGCCCUUCUUCAACACCCCUGAGAUCCCUGACAUUGCAGGCCAGCUGCAACCGAACCCAAACCCACAGCAGCAGCAACAGCAGCCGCCUGCACAGCAGCAGGGACCUCCUUUCAUGGGUCCAGGUCAGGGCCAGCCACCGAUGGGCCAGGGACCACGGUUUCCCCCCGGAGGACCCAACUUCCCUCCAGGCGGCCCAGGAAACUUCCCUCGCAGCCCUCUCAUGCAUCCCAGAAUGCCCUUCCCAGGCCCCAUGGGUCCCAUGGAUCCCCACCAGGGCUUCCCUGUGCCUCCAAACUACCCCAUGUCUGGCACACCCCCCGAAACAGAGAAGCCCAAGCCCAAACGGAAAAGAAACCGCAAGAAAAAGAAGUCAGCCGACAACGAAGAACCUCCUCUACCACCACAGGGUAUGCCUCAAGACAUACCUCAGAACCAGAUGAAUCCCACAAUGCCUCACCCUGGCAUGGUGCAGGGCAAUCCCAUGAUGCCUCCUGCUAGGAGGGACCCUUCCCAGCCUCCCUUGCUGGAUCAGAGCUUCACGGUGCCCCUCAGACACAUCGCGGACGGCUCCCAGGGGCAGCUGGACAUGAACAAGCACUCUCUCCUCUUACAACACCUUACAACAGAGCAGAAGGAUGCUCUCCGCCUGUCUGCAACAACAGCAGACAGCAUGCCUAGACCAGACUCUCUGGACACAGACAAACUCAAGGCUGAGAUGGGCCCUCAGAAAGCAGACCCUGGCAGUGGAGAGGCAGAGAAAGGGAAGGAGGAGGAUGGGGAGGAUGGGAAGGGCGAUGGGAAUGGUGACGGGAAGAAGGACAGCCCAGAGAAACCUGCUGCCAACCAACUCCUGAAAGCUCUACUGCAGGGAACUCCCACUCAGAACUUGCUUGCUAAGGCUGGCCUGCCCCCUUGUAAAGCACUACAAGAAGCCCAGGACGUUCCAGUCGAAACCUCCACCCCUGAGAAGGUCAAGAAAGAAGAGCAGGACGACUCAGAUGAUGAGGAAGUCAUCAACAAGUUGAAGCUGACCCCGGAGCAGCAGAAACAGCUGGAGAUGUUGGAACAGAUGCCAGAGACUGUCCCGAAAUCACGUGGUGAACGCAGUCUGUUGGAGCACUAUCCAUUCAGCCUUGUGAAGGGGCAAAACAAGUGGCCGACGUUGAACAAGAAGAAGGAAUGGGACCCCAAGAGCCUGUCCUCCCUCCCUCCAGCUCAUAGUGCUCCCGAUGUCAUCGUUAGAGAACAGGAGGAGUUUGAAAGAAGGAGACAAGAAUACCAGCAACAGUUAAAGAAGCGGAAGGAGACACAAACCAAGCGGGCAUCCAAGAAACGUAAAAAAGACGAGGAAGAUGAGAUAACGAAGAUGAAACAAAACCGGUUCCCUUCUACAGAGAUGAUUAUGAGCACUGUGAAACAGUUGUCGCUCUGCGAGCCAGAGAUCAGUGUGAACUUUGCCCUGUUCCCGCCGUACGGGAGCGGACCGCUGAACGGAGAUAACCAGCUGAAGGGCACGUUUGGUCACGCCUUUCUGGACGGGGUCCAGGACUACUACUCCAACUUCCUGAAGAGUGAAACACUCAGUAACCCCCACCCCCCUGCCUCGCUACCCCCACCCCCCACCCCCGGAAUGGCGCGACCUACCAUGGUCAACGGCCAUCUGCAUCCAGAUGAGAUCCUGGGCACCCGACGGGCCAAGCUGAUUGGUGAUCAGAGGUCACAUGACCAAGGUAAACUGGAGACAGAACCGGAGCCCAGGAGGUACCAGCUCCUCCCACACUCGGAGGUUUCCAUGACGACGGCAGAUGAACUGAUGAAGGAGAUGGUGUCCCACCAGCGUACCAUCACACGGGCGGAGAACAGCUCUGUGCUGGGCAUGGACGGGAGUAAGCCUCAGGACGUCAACGUGCCUCCAUCCCUCCCCACACCUCCACCCAGUAACCUGGCACCAGGAGAAGCACCAAGAUUUAGCCGUGAUGCCACAACCCCAGACAGUAUUGUCCCCUCCUCCUCCCCUGAGAGUGUGAUAGACGAUGAACUACCCCCACAGCCCCCCAAACUCAUCAGUCUCAACACCGGACCCAACAGGGGACCCUCACCCACUAUCCCACUCAUCGCACCUACACCAAGGAGAGACUAUUCUGAUGACAUCUCAAAACCUGGACUUCCUUCUUGUCAACUGACCCUUCUUAAGACACUCUCUAAGCCCAAACCUCUCAGCACUCACCACCACACAGUCAGUCUGGCUGCCGUGCCCCCACCCCGAGCCACUAACCCCACACUGAUCAUCCAGAGUGUGCAGCACAGAGCACCGCAGAACCCCAAACUAACUCCCCAAACCACCCAAGCAGCAGCUUUACCUCCGUGUGGCAUGCCCAGGCACAAAAGUGAUUCAGCAGAUCCCCAGACUCGGAGGUCGAAAAUCCAGGGGAUCCAACCUCCUCCCUCCACUAUACAAACAGCUCAGCUGGCCUUCCAACUGUCUGAGCCUGGGAAAGAGCCAGUCUCGGCCUCUUCCUCCUCAACUUCCUUCACUGUUGUGGUAGUGAAUAAGACAUUCCUUUUACAACCUGCAGCAAACACCAAACUCAGAGGUCUCCCCUUAGUAGACUCUCUACCUUUACCUUUUGCAGCCAAACCGCCAACCGAGUUGGCACAGCUACCGCGGGACCACCCGGCUCCUCUGGCCACCGGUCAGUCCAGUUUCCCGACCAGCCAGGCCGGCGUCUUCAUUCAGCCCACGUUCUCGGUGCCACAGUCUGUGGUACCCCCCAACACCAGCACCGUGGACAUUAGGACUAGCGUGUCCAUGCCCAGAACGACAGACGCACAGGUUACCCCUGCGUUUUCACGUACGUCGGAGAGCGCGUUCAGCGUGAGCAAUCUGGAACGCAUGAGGACAUUAGUGGGGCAGGCGGGGGGACCCCUUCCGCCCCAGAGACCGGACGGUAACAUGUCCGUGUCCUUGACGUUAUCCGCGACCGCUGCGGAGGACAUUAACGGGAUCGUGGCGGCGGUGGCGGACCUGGUUCGCGUGCCCGUGCCCACGAGUUAUGAGAUCAGCGAAGGGGCAGACUACCCGAGCUCCAUGGCGGAACACUUCAGACUACAGCAGCAGCAGCAAAGGAAAGCAGACGGGGUCCUCUCCACAUGUACACAAGGGGUGAGCCUGGAGACCUUACUGCAGCAGGGCAAACCCAAGUUCUGUCGACACUGCGACGUAGUGGUACAAGGGGACGGCAUUAGGAAAGCAAGUUCUGACUUUCCCUUCCUGAGAGACCAAGAAGGCAGAAGUGAUCAGGUCAGGACUAGAUUUGUUGCUCAGGAUUCCUCUGACUCAGACUCAGAGCUGACGUUCUGUAGUCCCACCUGCCUUAUGCAGUUUGCCAUCUCACUGCAGAGUAGGGCGAGGAGAGAAACAAAGGAGAAAGCAGGGUCUAUAGUUGACCACAGAAGCAGGGACAUCGUCAGGCCCCAGCAUUCUGAAAUCCCCAUCCACCUCAGUCCCACCUACGUCAACAACACCUCCAAACCCUUCUCUGAAGGUCAGGGGUCAGAGGGUAAGAGCGAGCGACCCCGCCUGAAGAGAAGGUCAGACUCCAACACGUCUCAGACGUCCCAGGACCUGCCUCCAGAACCCCCUAAGGUGCUAAUAAAGAAAUGGAAGGGUGUUCGGUGGAGGCGGUGGGAGGUGUCCAUCAUGGUGCCCAAGUCCACGUACAGACCACCCAGCGAGAAGGAGAUCGACGAGCUCAUGUCCAAGCUGGGCACGUGCCUGAAGCCCGACGACCUGCCGGUGGACUCCCGCUGCUGUGUGCUAUGUGGGAGAGCUGGGGAUGGUGACACAGAGGCAGCGGCAAGAUUGCUCAACAUGGACCUGGACAUGUGGGUGCAUCUGAACUGUGCAUUGUGGUCCACCGAGGUGUACGAGACGCUCAACGGCGCGCUCAUCAACGUGGAGAUGGCGUACAAGCGCGGCCAGACCCUGGCCUGCACGGCGUGUAACAAAAUCGGGGCCACCAUCACGUGCCAUCGCUACAACUGCAAGAGGAUCUACCAUCUCAUCUGUGCCAUCAAGGAGAACUGCAUGUUCUUCAAGGACAAGACGGUCAUGUGUCCUGUCCAUGCUCCAAACAAACAUGAGAAUGAGCUGGUCAGCCUGUCAGUCUUCCGCAGGGUGUAUGUCAACCGGGAUGAGAGCAAGCAGAUUGCCAAGAUCAUGCGUAACUACGGUGAGAAGAAGUACACCCUCCGAGUAGGAAGCCUGAUUUUCCACAACGUGGGGCAGCUUCUUCCCCAUCAACUCCAGGCCUUCCACACCAGGACUGCCAUCUACCCGAUUGGUUUUGAGGUGACUCGCUUGUACUGGAGCAUGCGCUACGCCAACAAGCGAUGCCGGUACGUGUGUCGUGUGGAGGAGAACCAGGGACGGCCACAGCUCGUCAUCCGUGUCAUCGAACAGGGGCACGAGGAUGUUGUCUUCAAGGGGGCCACUCCCAAAUUGGUGUGGUUGAACAUCCUGGAGCCCAUUGAGAAGAUGCGGCGCGGGUCAGACGUGCUGAAGCUGUUCCCCAACUUCAUCACGGGCGAGGACCUCUUCGGGCUGACCGAGCCAGCUGUGCUGAGGAUCGUGGAGUCGCUUCCUGGUACUGAGAUGCUGCAGGACUACUUUUUCCGCUACGGCCGCCAUCCGCUGAUCGAGCUGCCACUGGCCAUCAACCCAACGGGCUGUGCACGCUCCGAACCCAAGAUGCGCACUUACAUCAGAAGGCCUCAUACUCUGACCAGUAGCAACACUUCCCGGUCCAGCCAGACUACGCUGACUGGGGAACUCCUGUCACCCUAUCACAAACAGUUUGCUCAGUCCAAGUCAGCGCAGUACCGCAAACUCAAACAGGAGUGGCGCAACAACGUCGUACUGGGGCGCUCGAGAAUACAGGGUCUUGGCCUGUUUGCUGCCAGGGACAUUGACAAGCACGUGAUGGUGAUUGAGUACAUCGGAGUGAUCAUCAGGAACGAGGUGUGCAACAAGAGGGAGAGGAUCUACGAGGACCAGAACCGUGGCGUCUACAUGUUCCGUAUCGACUCCGAACUCGUCAUCGAUGCCACACUGGCCGGAGGACCUGCCAGGUACAUCAACCAUUCGUGUAACCCUAACUGUGUUGCUGAGGUGGUGAACUUUGAGAAGGAACAGAAGAUCAUCAUCAUCUCAUCACGUCGUCUCAGCAAAGGAGAGGAGCUGACCUAUGAUUACAAGUUUGACAUUGAGGAUGAUGAACAGAAGAUCCCCUGCUGCUGUGGAGCUCCCAACUGUCGCAAAUGGAUGAACUAAACACGACACCCUGCCCCCCUCCCUCCCGCAAAUAACCGAACAAGGGUGCAAAACUUGGUCAGUCAGUUUAGUGUCUGGUUCACUGUCAAGGCUGACUUGGUCGGUUGGUAAAAAGGCUGAUGGAGUGACAACAUUUUCCCCAUACAUCCCAUUGUUUCCUGGUCUGUGUUAAGAUCAUGAUUGUAAUCCUAUACUGAUCAGACUUUUUAUAUAGUGGCUGUGGCCAAUAGCAUUCACCACGAAACAAUCAUGUAUACGAGAAGGGGGGAUGAGUGGACCUGAAAUGCUGCAAUACUCGAGCCACCCUGUAAGUAGAGUGUGAGACAUAAGACAUACAUAAUAUAGCCUCUGGCUACAUCUUCAAUCCUGUCUACUGGAUAGUCACGAUUUCUUUUACUCUGGAAAGACGCCAUCGUGUUUUUGGCGGAGCCAUUUUUUUAUUACCUGUGUAUAUAGUGUACAUAGCAUAUGGCAGAGGAUGGCUACUGAGUGUGUACAUGUAUGUGUAAUUAAAUACAAGGAGUGAGCUAGCUUAGUCCACUGGAUGUGAUGAGUUGAUGCUGCAUAUAUGGCACAUCCUGAGGAUUUGGAUUCCGCUAAUUUUAGUUAGAAGCCUUACAGGGAAAAUCACUGCCAGGCAAAGCAGAUGUGUAAUUGACAAUGUAAAUAUCAGAUCUACAGAUGAUUAAUUCUGGUAAUUCUUAGUUACAUAUUGGCAGGAUCAUUUUUCUCACAACAUUAGCCUGAGAGAUCAAUGAUGAUGCUGUGCUGUCCGAUCAUCAGGCAGAGUUAAAUUGCAGAUCUUUUAACGAUAGAGGCAUAAGUAAUAUGUAAUUGGAUGGACGUCUUGGAGGCGGAAUAAGGCAGCUUGAAAAGUUCUCUCUCUCUUUUGCUCUUUUUUGUACGGCAAAGACAAAAAAGCUGUGACCAGGUGCUGGUAAGGUACAGAAUCAUGUCAAGGCCUCCUGUAUGUACAAAUCACUGGAUAUCAAUUGACCAAUGAACGUGCUUUAGCAGAGGUUACUAUAGGCCGUUACUAGGCGGGGCUGUGCUUCCGUUGCCAAGCAGAAUCCCAACCUGUUGGUGAACUUACACUCACAGAGGAGGCCUAUUUGAACCAAGUAGGUAAAUGACAAUAGGUUAUUCCGUACGUCCACAUAUUAAUGGUAGAGGAUGAUGAUGAUAACCAUGUAUGUAACUGCCUUGUACAAAGAGUGAAAUUUGUAAAGACCUAAUUUUGAAUUCGUACAGUUAGUUUCGGAUCCUUGAUUCAAUCCCAAUUUUUGUCCACCCUGUGCAGUGUAUGUGUUUGAGGAUGGUGUGUAGCAAGAAUAUUUUCAAUAACUUGUGGAGUCUGACUUUUCAGUAUGCAUUAUAGAACCCUAUUAUCUUUAUAUUAGUCCGAGUGUAUAGUGAAUAGCAAACUUUGUAGGCAAAAUUCCUUUUGGCUCAUUGUAUUGCUGUUCUGUGAUUUAUUAGCACUGGUUUGUUCAGAGUAUUCAAACUUCUGAAACUGUCCCUAUACAUUGAUAUCCCUAUAGUUAGACUCGUUCAUUUCACUCUGUGAUGCUACUGUGUGAUUUCUAGUUAAAUAAUAAGAAACAGAAAGACUAUAAAACUUUUAUUUUUGUGGCAUAACAAUCACAUUAUAAGCUAAGGUACGAAAGUGUAAUAAAAGUAUAUUUAUGAAUAACUCAACCUUUAUCUCCACAUAUGUACAUGUAGUUUAACCAAUGGCCAAUCGUGUACAGUCUGUGAUUUAGGGAUAAAUUAUUCCUAUUAGUGCUGAGAGUGAUGAAAUUAGUAAUCUAGUUAAGUAGGUGUCCAAAUAAGGGAGGGUAGAGUAUAGUAUGACUUGUAUGUGCGGUAUGGUAUUUUGCAUAUAGUGCGCAACCCGUGUAUUUUAUAAUAUCUCUUUUGGUUACAAAAUAAAUGUCUUUUUACUGAGG